GGAGGGUUGUUGUUCUCGAAGCAGCCACCGCAACAGAGACGCCACACCCAGCAACAGCAUCUCCUCAUCCAUGACGUCCACGUUCGUCACGGUCCCAGGACUCUGCUCCGUUACACCCACCGCUCCCUCCUUGUUGAAGCAGAGGCUCCUCGGGCUGCGAAGAAGUUCUUUGAGAACCAACGCGGUUGCUACGAAAUGGGAACCCGCCAAGGUCGUUCCGCAAGCUGACAGAGUCCUAGUUCGCCUUGAGGAGCUCCCUGAGAAAUCUGCUGGUGGAGUUUUGUUGCCUAAAUCUGCUGUCAAAUUUGAGCGUUAUCUGGUGGGCGAGGUUCUUACUGUCGGCACAGAAGUUGGGGUUGUGGAUGCUGGAAAGAAGGUGCUUUUCUCGGAUGUAAGUGCUUAUGAGGUGGAUCUGGGAGGAGAUGCCAGACAUUGCUUUGCCAAAGCCAGUGAUCUAUUGGCAGUGGUUGAAUAAAGAUUGCGUUAAAGCGAAUGUCGGGCGGUGGACAUGUUAAGUCAAUUUUUUG